CAAUAGAGGCCAUGCUAUACCAAUCCAAUAACGUUAACUCAUUUUGCACAGCAGCAACACAUCUCAAUACCUCUCUAAAGUUCAAAAAUGCUAAAAUCAUGUUUUAGAAUCACGCCGUCGAGAUUUAAGAGCGAAGUGAGACGUGCGCUGAGUAAAAUGUCAAGAUCUGGCCAAAAAAGUUUAAACCAUAAAAUUCUUCGACAAAUGUUUUCCCGCCAUCCAAUUCCCUCCAAAAACGAAACUUGGCCUUUUAUUCGUCCUGAAUGUCUUGUGGCCGCGGAUCAGUUUUUGGCGAAACUUGAGCUUUCGAAAAAAAUCAUUGGAAAUUCCACCGACAAGCAAUUUCAGAUCAAAAUCCAACCAGUUACGUUGUCCUCCGACAAUUCACAUGUCCAAAUCUGUCCACCAGAUACUGACAGAGUCGAUUCGAGUGUCCAAGUGAACGGAGAAAGUUUUAGAGAGUAUUUUAUGAACAAUUUUGUGCCAGUUAUACCAUCAAAGAUUAAAUUUCCUGAAUCAGAAAUCCAUUUCCCAGAAUAUGAAGGGACUUCCCCAAGGGUCUCCCUUGAUCAGCCAAUAAUGUUGGAGUACGAAGAGCCAGUGGGAGAGAAUAACAUUUCUGAGUAUCAUAACGGAAAUAUGUCCCCACCGACAAUUACCUCAUCUAUUAGGCUGGAUGGACGUUGUGAUAGGGAUUGA